UUUCCAGAGCUAUAACCUCCAUUUCCGCUUUCGUUAACUUAUCUAUCUAUCCCCAUGUCAUCGGACGAAGAUGAACCGUGGACCCGUUGGCUUUUCUCUCCUGAGUCCUAUUACGCAAGUGAACUUAUCGAUGAACGGUUCAGUGGGCUCAUCAAUAUUGUGGUCGAGUAUAUAUCAAGAUUGUCGCCCCAUCAUGAAAUGUUUGUAUUUGAUAUUUCACACGGUCUUGAAGAAUAUAUACAAAGAGAUAGAAGAGACUUCAUGGAUAUUGAUAAUUUCGGGGACCUUUACCAAAAAGUAAUGCUUUGUGGGCAACAGCUUAAGGUUUUCUUCAAUGUCCCAAACCAGACUAUCCUGUCGAGUGUUACUCCUACUCUCGACCCUAAUGAAGCUGCUGCAGUCCUAAUCAACUUUUUUCUCCUAAUGGUAGAAGCCAUCCUACGUUUUGAGGAAGAUUUAAUUGAUUGUGUAAAGGGUUCAAUCGAAAUUCUCCGGACGGAGCUUGAAUUUCUUAUUACUUUUCUUGGUGAUAAAGCAAUGCAUUUGCACCCGACCGAGAAUAUAGUGAUCGAUAUCGAAGCUGUGGCCAAUGAGGUAGGAAGUUUCUUUUAUUCCUUGUUUUUCACGAUUAUUGUAUUCACCGCAAAUAGUAGAGUGGAACCUACCAAUAGUACAAUAAAUGACAUCGAAGCUGUGAUCAGGAAGGUAAAACGUUACUUGUGUGUCCCGAAUCACUUAUGGUAUGACCUUCUACAUCCUAUGAGAAUUCUUUAUUGGCUUGUUGUAAAUUGCCCCCCCUGGGGUAUGGAACAAAGGAUUAUUCGGCGCUAUGAAGGGCUGUGUAUAGGAAGGGAUAUACCAUUGCAAGACACUGAAGAUAUCAAAUCUCUGUUACGAAGUUUCAUACAUUUCUUCAUUUACACCGAGACUAAAACAUUGAAUCUUGCACUUUCAUAUUUGUUAAGGAAGUUUGAUAUCUUGAAAACAAAGAUCAAGAAGCACUGCAACACAGUCUCGAAGAUGCCGAGUGAUAUGGCUCCAAAGACUUCUGUGGUUUCACCCUUCAUUGUUGAUUCCGUUCUUGAUGAUCUCAUGGACCUAAUAAAUAACAAGUCUGACAAGAUUGUUGGUGUGAACAAUCAGAUUGUAAUGCUUCAUGAGGAGCUAAUGUUAUUGGGAUCUUCUAUCAAGGACGUAGCGGUGCAGCAGGAAGAAGAAUAUGAAGAACUUGUGAUUCGAGCUGGAGAAAUGGCAUAUGAAGUUGAAUAUGUUAUAAACUCAUUUCCUCAUGUUUGGUAUCUCGCCCUCCGGCUUCCUCAACUCAUUGAGAAGAUUCAGCUUUUUACGAUGGUUAUCAAAGAAAUAAAAAAUAAUGUUGGUGCAGCUGGAACGCCAGAAGUUGCAGAGUAUCCGGAUGAACAAGUAGAAUCGCAAUCAAAAAAAUCUCCCGUUUUGGAAGACACUAUUGUUGGGUUUAAGAAAGUGGCAAUUGAAAUUGCAGAACAACUUGUUAGAGGAACAGUCCACCUGCAAAUUAUUUCCAUAUUUGGGAUGCCUGGACUUGGUAAGACCACUUUGGCAAAUAAACUGUACAAUGAUCCCUCUAUUGUCUAUCAUUUUUACAAGCGUUCCUGGUGUGUUGUUUCCCAAACAUAUAAUAAGAAAAAUGUGUUGAUUGAACUUUUGAGCUCAAUAACUCAAGGUAAGAGAGAGACAUUUAUGAAUAUGGAGGAAGAAAGUUUGGCCGAAAAAGUGUACAAAAAUUUAAAGGGAAGGCGAUACCUUAUUGUGAUAGAUGAUAUAUGGGAUGUCAAUGUGUGGAAUGAUUUGAGAAGGUAUUUCCCAGAUGACGGAAUUGGAAGCAGAAUCUUAUUCACCACUCGGAAUAAAGAAGUUGCUUCAAAAGCUUCUUCUUAUAGUGUCAUAAAUGUACUUCCUUUUCUGUCAGAUGUUGAAUGUUGGGAAUUACUACAACGGAAAGUCUUCCAAGAUAAAAAUUGUCCCCAAGAAUUGAUACACAUUGGGAAGCAAAUUGCAACAAAUUGUAGCGGCCUACCACUUGCAGUGGCCGUGAUAGCUGGAGUUCUUGCGAAUAUGGAGAAGAAAGAACACUUGUGGCUGAAAGUUGCUAGAGAAUUUAGUUCAUAUAUAUCCAAAAACCCAGACAACUGCAUUCAGAUAUUGGAACUUAGCUUUGAGCAUUUACCAAUGCAUUUGAAGCCAUGUUUUCUUUACUUUGGAGCAUUCGAGGAAGACAAGGAAAUCUCAGUACGAAAGUUGAUAUGGUCAUGGGUUGCUGAAGGAUAUAUAAGAACGGAAGAGCAAAACUGCUUAGAGGAUGUUGCACUAAAAUAUCUUAUGGAACUAAUUGAUAGGAGCUUGGUACUUGUUGUUAAACGAAGAUCUAACGGAGGAGUAAAAACAUGUAAGAUUCAUGAUCUAUUGCAUGAAAUGUGCUUGAGAAUAGCUGAAGAAAAAAAAUAUUUGAAGAUGGUCAAAUUUUAUAAUGAUGAUCCACGGUUCUUUUCUCAAGUAUUGAUGUGCAAGCAACAACAUUGUCUGAGUAUUGACUGCAAGUCAUUUCCAUAUCGCUCACUAGAUAUUGACCUGCUUGAACUCCGUCCACGUGUUUUUGGGUUGCCUAAAUUAAUCUCACGCAGCUUCAAAGAUCUUAGGUUCUUGGAGUUCUUGGAUUUUGUCACAGGCUCGGAACAUCAUGUCCCGUUAGGAAUUGAACAUCUGCCACCAAUGGAGAGCUUUCACAGACUAGAAUUUCUUGUUUUGGAGAAUACACAUCGAGUAGAAAUACCUGAGAUCCUUCUUAAGAUGGUGAGCUUAAGACACAUGCAUUUCAGUGGCGGUGCAUACUUCAAUGCCUCUUGUCGUCAGCAAGCAACUGAGGAUGAAAGUUUCCUAAGAAAUAGUAACCUACAAAGUAUUUCUGUACUUUCAAUUUCAGAUGAAACAGAUGAGAAGAUUUUGAGAUGUUUACCCAAUCUUCGUAGACUGAAAGCCAGGGUUAGAUAUUCACUCAAUCAUUCUUUCGACUUCCUUAAUCGGCUCGAAUCAUUGAAGUUAUUACCUGGUCAGUAUGAUGUGCGAGAUUCAUGUUCCACUUUGAUGAGUCUGCCCUUAAAUCUCAAACAAUUGACUCUAGUUGAUGUACACAUAUCUCCAGAACAAAUGGAGGUAAUCGGGAAAUUGCGGUGCCUUGAGGUUCUCAAAUUAGUACAGGUUACCUUUGAGGGAAAACAAUGGGACACGAGUAAAAUUGAAUUCCUACAACUUAAAUUCUUGAAACUUUGUUGGGUACAAAUUGCAGAAUGGAAUGCCUCAAGUGAUAAUUUUCCAAGACUUCAACGACUAGUUCUGCAAAAUUGCUACAAGUUGAAGAUGAUCCCUUCCAGUUUAGGUGAUAUUCUAACGUUACAGAAGAUUGAGGUACUCUGGUGCGCGAAAGCUAUCAGAGAAUCUGCCAAGCAAAUUCUGAAGGAACAAGAAGAAAAUGGAAAUGAAGAGCUUAAAGUCAUAAUCAUUGAAUGGUAAACAGAGCGGCAGUUUUUGCUGGAGAGAUUAACUUCAGCAGCCUUGUGAGAUAUUUCAGAUGGUAAUAAGAGAGCUCUCCUCUUUUACUCUUUCCCAUUCUCAUCUAGAUCCAGGUAUUGUGUGUAAUACUAAAAGGAAAACAUCAAAGAAUUUCUAAUGUUUUUUCGCCUCGUUUUGAAAUUAAGGUUGGCUCUAUUUUAUGAUCCUGUCGAUGCUAUUCUAUGAAUUUCUAUCCCAUAAGUUGCUUUUUUUGGGGAGUA